AUGUUCUAUCAGAGACAGGAUUUUCAAGCAAAGGGCAGAUUGCUCCAUUUCUUUUUGCUACACAUUUAUUGGGAUGUUGUCCUGAGUCAGCUGCAUUAUAUCAUUCCGGAGGAAUCUAAGCAUGGCACCUUUGUUGGAAGAAUUGCUCAGGAUCUUGGACUGGAUAUAGGUGAGAUUAAUUUCAGAAUGUUACAUAUUGUCUCUAGAGAAGAGAAGGAAUAUUUCCAGAUUAAUCUACAGAAUGGGAUCUUGUUUGUUAAAGAGACAAUAGAUAGGGAAUGGAUCUGUCCAAUUACACCCUUCUGUAUUAUUCAUCUGCAGGUCAUUGUAGACAAGCCUGUGCAGAUAUAUCGUGUAGAAGUAGAAAUAGAAGAUAUAAAUGACAAUAGUCCAGUAUUCUCCUCAAGCGUCACUAAUCUUGUCAUAUCAGAGCUCAUACCUCCAGGUUCCCGUUUCCCAUUGAAGAUAGCUGCAGAUCCAGAUCUUGGAACAAAUUCUGUAACUAACUAUGAGCUUAGUGCAAGUGAUUACUUUGCACUGGAUUUUCAAAAAUAUAUAAAUCAAAUCAAGUCACUAGAUCUUGUGCUAAAUAAAAAUUUAGACAGAGAAAAGCAAUCUGUUUAUAAUCUGACCCUUACAGCUUAUGAUGGAGGAAAACCAAGACUGAGUGGCAACACACAUAUUCUUGUUAAUGUGGAAGAUGUCAAUGAUAAUGCUCCUUUGUUUGACCAGCCUUUUUACCAGUGCACUGUUAAUGAGAAUGCUGUAAAAGGAACUUUAGUAUUCAAGUUAAAUGCUACUGAUCUGGAUGAAGGUAAAAAUGGAAAAAUACUAUAUGGAUUUAGCAAUAUGGUGUCAUGGGAGGUGAAUGAAGCAUUUAUGUUGGACAAAUACACAGGGGAAAUUAGAGUGAAAGGCAAAUUGGAUUUUGAAACUGUUAAUAUGUAUGAAAUUCAGGUUGAAGCUAUUGAUCAUGGAGAUGUUCAGCUUAUUGGACAUUGUAAAAUUUUAGUGACUGUUGUGGAUGUCAAUGACAAUCCUCCUGAUUUGACAGUGACAUCACUCUCAGUUCCUGUUCCAGAAGACUCCCCACAAGGAACCAUAGUUGCCAUCAUCAGUGUUCGUGAUAAAGAUUCAAGUUUAAAUGGAAAAGUCAAUUGCUAUAUUUCUGAGUCUUCACCAUUUAAAAUAAAUCCAGCUUUCAUGAGUGAUUUUUCUUUGACUGUGAAUGGACCUUUGGAUCGAGAAGUGAAAGAUGAAUACGAAGUUGUAAUUACUGCCAGAGAUGAAGGUUCUCCAUCUCUAUCUAUCUCAAAAACUAUUAAUAUUGUUAUAAGUGAUGUCAAUGACAAUGCCCCAAGAUUUGUCCAGUCAGUAGACACAAUAUUCAUUAAGGAGAACAACCCACCAGGGUCUCAUAUAUUUACAGUAUCAGCCUAUGACCCAGAUAUUGGGCAGAAUUCUUUCAUUACUUAUUCAAUUAGGGAGCGCACAGUUGAUGGGAUCCCUAUUUCCUCUUACAUUUCCAUUAAUCCAGAGAAUGGAAAGGUAUUUGCUUUAGUAUCAUUUGAUCAUGAACAGAUUGCAUAUUUCCAAUGUCAUAUAAAAGCCACUGAUGCUGGCCUACACGCUCUAAGCUCUAACCUUACUCUAAACAUUUUCAUUGAGGAUAUUAAUGAUAAUGCUCCUACAUUUACCCGACUUCAUUCUGAACUAACAAUUAAAACCUCCAGGUCAGCAGAACCUGGGCACCUGAUAACUAAAGUGAAGGCCGUAGAUCUGGAUUCUGGAUACAAUGCUUGGACAUUUUAUAAAUUAAAGGACCUGGGAGGAUCUGGAAAAUCUCCUUUUACCAUAGCACAUCAAACUGGAGAAAUUACUUUAAAAUGGUCAUUGACAGAUUCAGACAAUGAUGAGCAUAGAUUGUAUGUAAUUGCUCAGGAUCAUGGAGAACCGUUUAUGACAGCAGAGACUCUAAUUGUUAUAUCUGUGGUGGAGUCAGGAGAAGAAUUAAAGUUUGAUAAUCAAGAAACCAAGGUGACUUUUGAAGUGUUUUCUGAUGAAAAUAUUUACUUGGUUGUUGCAAUCUGCAUCAUAUCAAGUAUUUUUCUCAUUACUCUAAUUGUGUUUAGUGUAUUAAGAUGGCAAAAGUACACAGAUGAGGUGAAUGAGCUUAAAGAAAAUUACAAGAUCUGUUCCAACACUGGAGGAAGCUGGAUGUAUUCUCAGCACACUCAGUAUCAAAUAAGCUCUAAUUCAUUGCGACCUAAAAGUGACUUAAUUGUCUUCACUCCAAAUAACUUUCAAACACCAGGGAAUGAAGAGCAAGUGAAUCCACAAGGGGUCAUUGAGGACUGGUCCUCAGACACAGGGCACACAGCAGCAGACAGCAGUGCAGGGAGCCCAAAACAUCCUAACCCAGACUGGCGUUACUCUGCAUCACUAAAAGCUGCAAUGCAGGGUGCUGUACAUAUGGAAGGAGCAGCAGUCUUACGUGGCGCAGCGGUAGGACUCGAACAACAGUGGCCAACAGUUUCCAGUGCAACACCAGAACCAGAAGGAGGAGAAGUGUCUCCCCCAGUAGGAGCUGGUGUGAAUUGCAACAGUUGGACCUUCAAAUAUGGACCUGGCAAUCAAAAACAACCAGUACCACAAAUACCACCAGAUUUUCCGGAGAAUUUUAUUAUCCCGGGAUCCCCAGCCAUCAUUUCAAUCCGCCAGGAUCAACCAUCGGCCCAAGGUCAUAAAAGUAACUUCAUAACUUUUGGUAAAAAAGAGGAAACCAAGAAGAAAAAGAAGAAGAAGAAGGGAAACAAGAAUAAUCAAGAGAAAGGAAAUAAUCCAAAUGACAACAAUGAUCAAUAAAAGGAGAUUGAAGCCAAUUCUUAUCCCAUUUUUGUAAAGAGUAAUGUAGCAACAAAGUAAAAUUCUUCCUAUUGUUAAUGCACCUUCCUAUGAACAAAAAGACUGCAACAUUCAAGCCUGAAAAUCUAUACAUAUAUGUCUAUAUUAUUUACCAGAUUAUGUCUAUAGCUUUA